GGAUGAAUUGGGAUACACCGAAGCGAUAAGUUGUUCUGACGGAAGGCAAGGUGGUCUAGACUUGAACCAUCGAUGCUUGCCAGUCUCAUUGUGCUAGUCGUUGAGGAAACAAGUUUCGAGCCAUCAAGGUUCAGUAAUGAUCAGCAUGUAUCACGCUGGUUUGUUUGCGCUGGUGCUAAUAGCAAUCGUUGGCGCAUCGCAAAGUUCUAAUCCUCAGGAAUACGAUGGACGAUCAAUGUUGCAAGAUUUUCGAAACCGUUUUUUGACUUACGAGCAUAUUGAGAUUGAUGAAUGUCCCUUGAAAUACCUUCGAACGGUGUACUCCGAUUUCUGCCAUGUGGCUUUGGUCAAGAAAAAUGCUUCCACCUGUCUGGGAGUGUUGGUGAACGAUUAUUAUAUUUUGUCGACGGCCGAUUGUGUACCGGAGGACUGGAAGUCGGUACAAGUGCAGUUGCAGAACAACUUUGAUCUUCCCAUCGCUGAUCGCAUCGUCUACCCUGACUAUAAGGCUCUGAAGAUCAGCAGCGAAAAUACACCGAUUCUGCUAAGGAUAAACGGGACAACCGAUUACAAACUACCUAAAGAAAACACCGCCGCUUGUCUAUGGCCAAUGGACAAUCUUAUCUCUUACUCUAAAGUGCAGGAUGUGGCGUACGAUUCCACCCUGAAACACCUCAUUCAAAACACUACCGUCUGUUCGGCAUCGAUGCAAGAAGUUUGCCUAAACAAAACCUUCACACAGUGGUGCGAAAGGAAUCCAAUCGGCAGUUUGCUGCAAAUACGCGAUCUGGACAAAUAUUCCAUGCAUCCGAUGGUGGUGGGACUGUUUUGCAACGAACAGCAGCAGCUAGUACCGGUAUCACGGUACGCCGACUGGAUUCGCGACGUUAUUGCUCGCGACCGAAUUUUAUUCGCAAUCCCGGACGCAGGACUAGGUGAAAAGUGUAUCACCAAAGAUGAUAAGGAAGGUGUUUGUCUGCGCAUCGAAGCCUGCCCACGGGUUUUCAAGCAGCUGAAAAGUUCGGCUCGGCAUCUAACCGGUCUGGAACAGUGCGGCUUCGAUGGAGACCAUCCCCUGAAUUGCUGCACUACCGACGAUAUGCUGAAAAGUGAGGACAAACGAGCGAAACUUCAAAACAUUACGCACGAAGUCGAACACUGCCACGAGCUGUACGACGUGUACAGAAGAACGACCAAGGAACAGCAGCUCCACUCGCAGUUGGCUUUGAUACGCAGCGAAGAAGGCAAAGUGGAAUGCGUCGGAACGCUCAUUUCGAAGCAAUUUGUUUUGACUGCGGCCCAGUGUGUGCUACGAAUAACGUCAAAAACCAGUACCGUAAAAGUUGGAAUUACCGCGUUCGAUGAAAAAGCAAUCCAAAUACGUAAUGUGGUGUCGACUGUGAUUCACCCCAUGUUUGACCACCAUUCUAGCCACUACAACAUUGCUCUGUUGGCACUGGAAGCACCGAUUACGAUUGCGGAGCACAGUGUACCGGCUUGCAUGUGGCCGGAAAAGGAUCGUAUGCCUGCGAAGCUCAUUUCGACCGGAUACGACACUGUCUCAAACGCCAUCACCGUAAACAACGUUACCCCACUGUACUACAUCGACUGUCGGCUAAAGUACUACUCCAAUCUGACACUGACAGAGGCGUGUGUACUGCCCGAUGCGGACGUUGCACACUGUGACGAGGAACCAUCGGCUUGUGCAGAAUCUGGCACUGGACUGUACGGCACCGUGUACAUGAGCUCGGACUGGAGACCGGUAAACUACGUAAUCGGGAUCUACAGUAUCGGAGCACAGUGCGCUCAGAAUCAACCUGCCAUAUACACCCGUGUCAGCGAGUACUAUCCGUGGAUAAAGGCUCAGCUCUACCUGAUGGCACAGGAUAUGUGAAAGAUUUCCAGAAACAUUGUUAUUCAUAAAUAUAAGGCACAGCAAGCACUUG